UUCGCAAGGGCUUGCGAUUCUUCUCUUUGCCGGAGAAAGAACCACGAAGGACUGCGUGGUUACGCUGCGCCGGGCGAGGGCACGACAUCGAGAACCUGCCCCUCAUUCCCCGUUUUUGUGCCCAACAUUUCGAGCCGACUGCUUUCCGAAAGGACGACCUGCGUCGUUCCCGUCUUCGAUCAGAUGCUGUGCCGACGCUUCUGCUUCCCGUCGCCGAUGAGACCGACGAUCCUCCCCCAAAGCGCCAAAAAGUCGUGACUCAGGCCUCGGCAACUGGACUGCCUGCACCCUGCGAGGCAGAAAUGACCCUCAGGGACUGUACUGCUGAGACAAACAUCCCUGCAGUGGUGCCACCUGUCCCUGUCGCAGACGUGCCUGCACAGUCGCAUCCACCCGAGUCUGCCUUCUCCACUUGUAGCAGUGGGGUGCCAUAUGAAUGCACAUCUCCUGUUCCCAGCAACAUGCCAGACUCUGACGCAACCUACUCUCCGUCUCACAGCGAGGAAUACGAGAGAAUCGAGCAUGGUGCAUCAGCUCCACCACCACCACCAGAAGAAGAGCGCCAGUUUCUGGUGUUCGAGAGCUGCCUAAGGGAGCUUUUCAAGACGUGCCAAGAGUGCUCAAGACUGUGCCAAACAACGAUCGAAACUACCGGCACACGGAUCACAGUCUACAGCAUCUGCCCUGUGGAGCACGUGCGCACAUGGAAAAGCCAGCCCAUCGUCAACGGCAGACCAGCAGGGAACAUACUGCUGACCAGCCACCUGGUCUUCUCUGGAGUGAAGAUUGCCCCUACGCUGCGGAUGCUACGCCAUAUGAACGUGCAGGUCAUCUCCGACUCGAGCUUCUACGAGCAUCGGAAGGCCUUCGCUCUACCUGCAAUCCACAAGGUCUGGCUGCAAGAGCAACAAGAACUUCUCAACGAGUUGCAGAACAAAGAGGUGGACAUCUCUGCUGACGGGAGAUUUGACUCCCCUGGGUUCUGUGCCAAGUACCUGACGUACACAGUCCAUGUCGAGCAAAUCAACAAGAUUCUACACUCUGUCCAGGUCCAGCUAAAAGAGUCUGAACAGGCCAUGGCCAGUGUCAACAUGGAGAAGGAGGGCCUCCUCAAGCAGCUGCAAUUCUUCAAGAAGAAAGGUAUCAAGAUCCGAUCGUUGGUGACUGACCGUCACCCUGCCACACGAAAGCACAUGAAGACGCGCGAACCCGGGAUUGACCACUUCUUUGACAUAUGGCACAUCUCCAAAAGUGUGAAAAAGAAGCUGACAGCAGCAAGCAAACGGGCUGGAUGCCAAGACCUGCAAAUCUGGAUCCAGACAGCUACAAACCAUAUGUACUGGUCAGCAAGGGCUGCAGGAGGCGACGAGAAACUGCUCAUCGACAUCUGGCUCAGCAUGCACAACCAUGUCAUCAACAAACACUCGGGGCACGAAGGAACCUAUGGAAGGUGCCUCCAUGGUGACAUGCCAGAGCCAACACGACCAUGAAUGGAUCCCAACUCGCAGGCCUACAACCAAUUCAAGAGCAUCACUGGCAACAAACUGCUCCUGAAGGACCUUGCACAGAUGUCUCCACAUGGCCAGACAUAUGCUUUGGAGGCGUUCCACAGCGUCCUGAUAGACUUUGCCCCGAAGU